AUGAUUGAUCAACUACAUAAAUGGACGCAUAGGAGUACUACAUUGCAAACGCAAAGGGAGAAGAAGAAGAAGGAGGAGGAGGGAUGGCGCCUAUGAAGUUGUACGGCUGGGCGGUGUCGCCAUGGAUGGCGCGGGUCCUUGUCUGCCUGGAGGAGUCCGGCGCCGAGUACGAGCUCGUGCCCAUGAGCCGCAACGGCGGCGACCACCGGCGGCCGGAGCACCUCGCCAGAAACCCCUUCGGUGAGAUCCCGGUGCUGGAGGACGGCGAUCUGACGCUCUACCAAUCCCGCGCCAUCGCAAGGCAUGUUCUCCGCAAACACAAGCCCGAGCUUCUAGGAGCGGCGGGCAGCCUCGAGGAGUCGGCGAUGGUGGACGUAUGGGUCGACGUGGAUGCCCACCAGCUCGAGCCCGUACUCCAGCCUAUUGUGUGGAACUGCAUCAUCAACCCGUUUGUCGGGAGGGAUGUCGACCAGGGCCUCGUCAACGAGAGCGUCAAGAAGCUGAAGAAGGUGUUGGAGGUGUACGAGGCGAGGCUCUCAAGCAGCAAGUACUUGGCCGGGGAUUUCGUGAGCUUCGCCGACCUCACACAUUUCUCCUUCAUGCGCUACUUCAUGGCGACGGAGCAUGCGAUCGUGCUCGACGCGUACCCGCAUGUCAAGGCAUGGUGGGAGGCGCUGCUGGCAAGGUCGUCUGUAAAAAAGGUGAUGGCUGGCAUGCCUCCGGAUUUUGGAUUCGGAAGCGGGAGGAUACCAUGAUAAGGCAUGUUUUUGUGUGUUUGCGAUGCUCUAAUAAUCCCAAUCCAACCCAUUUUUGAGAAAUAAAGUAAGCAAAAUGUGGGUGUUGAUAUGAAAUAACCUGUUCGGUGAAUUGUUCUCUAAUACCCAUUAGAAACUGAUUCCCAAAUUUGCAAGUUGAAGGUCUAUGUCCACUAUUUUUGUCAGUAUUACCAUGGUUUUCGCGCCAA